AUGGACACUGCCAUGGAAACCAACCUGGGCGCUGCUGGCCACGGUCCCCGCACAGAGCUCGAUGACGAGGACUACUACCCUCAGGGCAGCUGGGACACAGUCUUUCUGGUAGCCUUACUGCUGCUGGGACUGCCAGCCAAUGGGCUGAUGGCAUGGCUGGCUGGCUCGCAGGCCCGGCAUGGGGCUGGCAGGAGACUGGCCCUGCUCCUGCUCAGCCUGGCUCUCUCUGACUUCUUAUUCCUGGCAGCAGCGACUUUCCAAAUCCUGGAGAUCCAGCACGGAGGGCACUGGCCGUUGGGCACGGCCGCCUGCCGCUUCUACUACUUCCUAUGGGGUGUGUCCUACUCCUCCGGCCUCUUUCUGUUGACAGCCCUCAGCCUGGACCGAUGCUUGCUGGCGCUGUGCCCACGCUGGUACCCAGGGCGCCGCCCAGCCCGCCUGCCCCUCUGGGUGUGCUCUGGGGUCUGGGUGCUGGCCACACUCUUCAGUGUGCCCUGGUUGGUCUUCCCCGAGGCUGCUGUCUGGUGGUACGACCUGGUCAUCUGCCUGGACUUCUGGGACAGCGAGGAGCUGCCUCUGCGGAUGCUGGAGAUCUUGGGGGGCUUCCUGCCCUUCCUCUUGCUGCUGGUGUGCCACGUGCUGACCCAAGCCACUGCCUGCAGGACUUGCUGUGGGCACCAGCCUAGGCCUAUGGCCUGCCACGGUUUUGCCCGCGUGGCCAAAACCAUUCUGUCAGCCUAUGUUGUUCUGAGGCUGCCCUACCAGCUCGCACAGUUACUCUAUCUGGCUUUCUUAUGGGAUGUCUACCCUGGGUACCUGCUCUGGGAAGCCCUGGUCUAUUCUGACUACCUGAUCCUGCUCAACAGCUGUCUGAGCCCCUUCCUGUGCCUGGCAGCCAGUGCUGAUCUCCGGACCCUGCUGCGGGCUGUGCUCUCAUCCUUUGCAGCUGCCGCCUGUGAGGAACGGCCUGGCAGCUUCACACCAGCCGAACCACAGACCCAGGUGGCCUCUGUGGGCUUGCCUCUGCCAGAACCAACAGCUGAAGGCCAGGCACGGUUGGAUCCCUUGGUCCAGCCUCAGAUGAAUCCCUCUGUCCAGCCACAGUCAGAUUCUUUGGAUCCCAUGGCUCAACCUCAGAUGAACCCUUCAGCCCAACCACAGUCAAAUUCUGUGGUCGAGACUCAAGUGGACUCCUUGACCCAGCCACAGUUGGAUCCUGUGGCCCAGCCACAGUCAAGCACGGAGGCCCAGACCCCUGCCUGUGGGGUUGAGUCAGCCUCUAAUCCUGGUGAGGAAAGGUCCCCCAGCCCAUCCCCAGAUCCCACUCCUGGGGCCCCUGAGAACCUAGACAGACCAGCUGUUCCUGAGGAAGAAAGUCCUAGCAGUGUGCCGCCAAAAGAGGCCCCCAGCACCGGCCCUACUUGA